AUGGCAUCACGGAAUUCAGAAACUGCUUCUAAUACAUUUAGCAUUAGUGAAAAUGAACCACAAGAAUAUAGUGAAACAAAUGAAACAAAUGAAUCAAGCCAAUCACUUACAAAACGCAUAAAUAUUGGUGGUAAAAAGCAAGAAGAUAUUUGGCUUUAUGUUAAUCAAGGUAUCAGUUUAGGUCGGGAUAUUAUAAAGCUAGUUGUAAAUAUUGUCCUGUUUCAUGGGAAAGAGAUUUUAGAAAAUCACAUGUCUGUAAUCUCUAAUACUGCGGUAUUUGAUCUUCUUGAGGAUGAAGAUUUUUAUAUUAAGUGCCAUCAGAUUUCUGUUAUUUUAAAACCUGUAAAGGAGUUAACAAAUUGUUUAGAAGCCAAAACAGCCAAUUUAGCCGAUGUUUUUAUUGAUUUAAUAUUAACAGAGUUUUUAGCAUCUGGAGAUACAAUAUUUUCUUCAGAACCUGUUACAAAUAAUUGGGCUAGAGAUGUAGGCAAUAUGAGUUAUGAUCCUAUUGAGUUAGCAUGUCAAAUAGUAUUGCAAAAUGAAGAGAAUUAA